GGAAAUCUGACUGUACAUGAGCAAAGGGUGAAACCGAGAGUGCCACACCAGCCUGGAGGCACCUGUUCCAGGGGAGCCUGAAGAUUUUCUUUCCUGUCGGAGACUCCAAAUCAAAUAAAUAGAAAAAAAACUAUCCAAGAUGACUGUCACUUACUCCAGUAAAGUAGCCAAUGCGACUUUUUUUGGAUUUCAUAGGUUACUCCUCAAGUGGAGAGGCAGCAUCUACAAACUACUGUACAGGGAAUUUAUUGUUUUUGCUGUUUUUUACACAGCAAUAAGUUUGGUGUACAGAUUGUUACUUACAGGAGCCCAAAAACGUUACUUUGAAAAAUUAUCAAUUUACUGUGACAGAUAUGCUGAACAAAUUCCAGUAACCUUUGUGCUUGGGUUUUAUGUCACUCUGGUAGUGAACCGAUGGUGGAACCAGUUUGUGAACCUGCCCUGGCCAGACAGGCUGAUGUUCCUCAUCUCCAGCAGUGUUCACGGCAGGGACGAGCACGGCCGGCUGCUCAGGAGGACCCUGAUGCGCUACGUCAAUCUCACAUCCCUGCUCAUCUUCCGCUCGGUGAGCACAGCCGUGUACAAAAGGUUUCCGACGAUGGACCACGUGGUUGAAGCAGGUUUUAUGACAGCAGAUGAAAGAAAAUUAUUUGACCACCUCAAAUCUCCUCACCUGAAAUACUGGGUUCCAUUCAUCUGGUUCGGAAAUCUGGCCGCUAAAGCCCGGAAGGAAGGUAGAAUCAGAGACAGUGUCGAUCUGCAAUCAUUGAUGACUGAAAUGAACCGGUACCGCUCUUGGUGCAGCCUCUUGUUUGGUUACGACUGGGUUGGGAUCCCGCUGGUUUACACCCAGGUUGUCACUCUGGCCGUCUACACCUUCUUCUUUGCAUGCCUGAUUGGACGGCAGUUUUUGGAUCCCACUGUAGGCUACGCGGGGCAUGACUUAGAUCUUUACAUUCCAAUCUUUACUCUUCUACAAUUCUUCUUCUAUGCAGGAUGGCUCAAGGUAGCUGAGCAGCUUAUCAACCCUUUUGGAGAAGAUGAUGAUGAUUUUGAAACUAACUGGUGCAUUGACAGGAAUUUGCAGGUCUCCCUUUUAGCUGUGGAUGAAAUGCACAUGAGCUUACCCAAGAUGAGGAAGGACAUCUACUGGGAUGAUUCUGCUGCUCGGCCACCGUAUACACUGGCAGCUGCCGACUACUGCAUACCCUCAUUUCUGGGGUCGACAGUCGAAAUGGGGCUGCCUGGGUCUGACUGCUCUGGCGACGAGUGGCUGUGGGACACUGAGAAGCAUGGCCAUCGCCACUCCAUGAUCCGAAGAGUCAAGAGGUUCCUGAGUGCCCACGAGCACCCCUCCAGCCCCAGGAGCAGAAGCUAUGGGAGGCAGGCCAGUGACAGCUCCGUGUUCUUCCCUCAGAGAGACCUCAGCCCAGCCAGGGAUCUGCUGGAUGUGCCCUCGAGGAGCGCCCACCACACCUCCCGGAAGCAGUUCUCCCCAGAGGGGGACCCCAAGCUGUACUCCAGCCUGGGGGAACUGUCCACGAUCAGGGAGACUAGCCGGACGAGCACCUUACAGAGCCUGACCCCACAGUCCAGUGUGAAGGCCUCCCCCACCAAAAUGCCGCAGGUCCCCGCGGUGCUGAUCACAGCACCAGGGCCCACGUCAGACGACCCACACUGGGACUCCACAGCCUCCAUCCAGAGCUUUGAGUUCACUGGGGUUCAGCCAAGCAGCACUGGGCAGCGGGAGGACCCUGUGGGACUGAUCCUGUUUCCCUCAGGGGAGGGGACACCUCUUCCAGGCCCCAGGCCCCAGACUAUUUCAGCUGAAGCUGAGAAGAACAUUUUCAGGUUUGCCGCUGAGGAAGACCCUUUUGAGAAUGACAAAUUCCCAAAAAGGUGGAGCCUCCCCGGGUUCCUGGAGUCCAGCCACACUACCCUGGCAGGCCUGAGCCCAGAGCCCACAAACCCUGAGCCACCUCUUUUACUUGACACAGAAACAUCCUCAGAGACCAGCGGCAUCACCUUCGUGGCUGGCUCUCAGAUCUCUACUGACGUGCUGUAUUUAAUGGAAAACCUGGACACCAAGGAAACGGAUAUCCUAGAAUUUAACCAUGAGCAAAGAGAGGAAUCUCCCAGAGGAAUGCCAGAAAGUUCUAAGGCCUGGUCCUAGUAUAAAUUUCUACUUUCCCAAAAGUUCAACCUUAGUUCCAGAACACACCUGUGGGCUGGUUAAUAUUUUAAAAAAUAAUCAUACCACAUAAGCUAUUUAAAGUUUGAAGGGCAUUAUAAUCCUGACUUUUUCAGAACUAAUAAAAUCAAGCUCAUUCACAUCAUUUGCCACAAAGCGGUUUUCAUGGGCGCUACACCGGCCGCAGCAAUCUCUCUUAACCAAAUAAGGAAAUCUUAAAAAAAGUAUGAUUUAUAAAUUGAUAGACUGUUAGCUUUGGAAAGCACUUUGUAGGUCAUAACCCAAUCCCCUAGUUUUGCAAAUAGGGACACAAAGGAUUCCCUGUAUGUUUCCUUUUUUUUCUUCUUGCCUUCAAUUAUAAAGACAGGGAGAUGGAUCAUAAAAUGCCUCAAAAGCCUCGUUCUAGUUAUAAUAUUUUUGUUUGAGGCUUUCUAACCAUUUCACUCCCACUCGCUCCACUAUUAUUAUCACUUCCAUACUCCUAAGCUUCAUCAGCAUCAUAUAGCUUCAUCUCUCUCCAAUUUCCCUUUCUACUUUCAUGACUUCAUUUUUCUCUCUUCCCCUUCAGUCUCCCAUCCUUUUCUCCUCCCCUCCUUCCUAGUCUUGCUCCUUCUCUAAUGACUAAUCUGUCCCACCUUGCAAAUUAUAACAGCUUCUCUUGCCAACUCUGUUGCUUUCUUCUUGGCAUGAUUUUCAAAAUAUGAGGCAUCGGCAAAGCCUCCAACAGAAAAACCGAAGAAGUCAGCAAAUCCAGUUCAACACGCUUCCAGCUCCACACUGGGCGGGGGAGAGUGGGCGUCAACACUCUCCCACCACACCCUCGGCAGCCACGGCCAUUUCCUUCUGCGUCCACUCUAAGUCUGGAACACUGGAGAAAACUGAGGCCAAGAUGGGCAUGAAACUUGUGCAACCAAAUGCUAUGGAACCAAAGAAUGACAAAGCUUGAAUGUAUUUUACUCAAACUCUUAAAGCAAAAUCCCAACCAUGUCACAAUGUGGGACCAGUGACUGUAUCUGCCAGGUUGUUUGAGACGAGAUAGGAUGUUGGAACUGGGGGUUUUGGGGGCCCAGGAUUGCACCAUGGGGAUGGGCAUGGACUCACUCCAAGGAGCUCUGGGGUGGCUGUUUGUUGGGGGGCCCCAGUUUUGUCUGGAAGGCCAUGUCUUAUGAGUACUGCUCUCCUAGUUCUGUCAUAUGAUGAAGCUUGACUACAUAUGGUUUCAAAAAUAAAAUAACUCU